AUGCAUGUCGCCACCCGCCAAAUGGAUGCAACGGAACUCGCUCGUUGGACCCGUUUUGCGGCAAAGGGUGGUAUCGGAAAGGCCACCGCGAUUGGAGACUGUGUUGCAGAGGCCCCAGACGAGCUUAUGUUCUUGAAGAACGAUGAAAUUGUUGUUUUGCUUCAAUUCACCGACGAGGACAACAUGUUCCUGGGCUUUUGUGAGGGGAUCGUCGGUCGGUUUCGUGCAGCCGAUGUUUAUUUCCACUCCAAACUCAAGAAGCCCGUCAUGACCAAACGCUCGUCAGUGUCGUCAGGCAAACUCACGCCCACCCCUUCCAUUGUUGCCCCAAGUCCCGUUCCCUCGCCAAAAUCCGAUGUUAGCUUUCAAACCGCUCAAGCACGCUACCAACCUAAUUCCUCAGAGGCCUUGUCGCCGAGUUCAAGCCUUUCUUCGACAUCUCCACCGCUUUCCCAUUCCGUCUCCUCGUCGUCUUCAGGGACUAUUGUUGACACUCCCACAAGUCUCUACCCAUCUCCAGAGCCCAUAACCCAGACUCAGCCAUUGGAUACUUCAGCCCCGGCGACCUUCAUCGAAACUAACGUUGAUGGUCAGGACAAGGUGAUCGAAAACGAGGAGUCAGAGGUUGCUCCUGGACGAAAUCGGCGCUCAGAAACUGCUGCAGUCGAAAUGUGGCCCUCUUCCCCUUCAACGACCCUGAGUCGCAAACCGGUCAAUGGAUCUCGACUGGCACUCGCAAUGGAAACCGUCAACAGCGACGAAAGCGAAUCAGAACAUCAUAGCCCCAAGGGAGACCGAGACAGCGACAAUAGUAGCAGUGAUGAGCGAUACAGCCCGGAAGAUGAGGAGGGGGGCUGGGCCAAUGUCCCUGCAACACUCCCGCUUCAAGUGGUGAAACUGAACACUCCCAACUCCGCGAUACCGCCAUCCCCCUACCAACCCAUGUUCUUUCCUCCAUCAUCUACUUCGUCAGAUAACAAUGUUGAAUCGCAGUCCCUCAGCUCUGCCAGCGGAACGGACACGGAGUCUGAAUAUGAUAGCUCGGAUCCCGAGGACCAAGAUACGACCACCAAAUUUCCUGUGCCUCCUGAUCGACGAAGUCUUUCGCCUACUUCUCCACGCAUAAUCGACACCAGCCGUCGUUCGUCGGCUUCUUCUACCCAAGAUCCAAGUCGCUUAUCAAUCGCUGCGCCGUCGGUUCAUUCAGAAGAUGGCGAAGUUGGUAUUGGUCUAUCGUUGCUUCAGGGUCUGGCAGCCGCUGGCGAAGAUGCCUCUGACGACGAAGACCUCAUUCCUCCAGUUAGGGCACGUGAUGAGGCCCGCCGAAGCAUCAGCUCCUCAGUCAGAAGUGGUCAAGAUUGGGACGGCGCUUCAAUCUACGACAACUAUUAUCGAUUUUCGAGGUCACGGUCCUCUGGGUCGACUUUUGCAUCUCUCAGGAUGGCACCGCAAAUUCCUCAUGGCUCUCAGCGUGGAGUUGAAGAUGUACCACCCGUUCCUGCAGAUUUGCGUCAUGAUUCAGAAUCUGAAAGGAGUCGUCCGCGCGAGGACAAACGGCGCUCUGCUGACUCUGAUGCUUCUGUCUACACACAAGCCUCCAAGGUUUCAUCCAUAGAUCACACUCGCUUGACUGCCGAGCCUCUUGCGAAGCCGCCCUCGAAACACCGACCCGCGUCAUUAGAUCUACUCAACAGUAAUGGCGAACCAUCUCCGCUUCUUCAUACACGUUGGGGAAGCCCGAAUAGUUCGAUGUCCCCGCCCUCAUCUUCAGGGGCUCAAACAGCCUUUUUCAAUCCUACUUCUGGUGGUUUACCUUCCACCGGCUCUAGUGGGAGUAAUAGCCCUGGCGGAGCAGCUAGUAUUCUACGGCAGCGACUAGAACUCGAGCGCGGGAGCCCGGCAGGUAGUAACUACGCCGAAAUGGAGCCUCGAGAAGAAGGGGAAGGGGGUUUGGGCAGCGGGAUUGUAAUUGACGAUGAUGAAGAACCACCGCAAGCUUCCAUGUUGGAUGGGCCCACGUCUGAGUCUCCGGAUGAAGACGGUGAUGAAACUGUUGAAGGCGAGGACACAGUUGAGGGUAUAAACUUGGAGGAAUUACAAGAGAAGCCUGGGCUUGCGCCGCUUGUAAUCACAGAAGAUUCUGUCGAUCCACCGACAGCUGUUGCUUCUCCUUCCGCGACUAACUCAACCUCGCCGCAUUCUCCGCGUUCUUCGGCGGCAACGACUCCCCUUUCGCCUUCCUCACCACCAGAUAUUUCUCCUCCUCCUUCACAGCAACCACUUACUUCCAAUCAUCAACCCAAACCUUCGUUAUCGGAAUUGCGAGGCUACAUGUCGAACCACAAAGCCUCAGAAUUCGACCAGCCUGCUCAACGGACAAGCUUGUUUCUUCCUCACCCAAAUGCCCCCAAAGCUCCACCUCCGACUAGUGGUGCGGAGGGUCCCAUGUAUAUCAGACCGGCACCACCGCCGUCUCAACAACGUAGCGAAAGCGUCGUCAACAUCAUUAGGAUGUCGAUUGGCCGGUCUGCAGUGACAAGGGUUUCGCCCACCAUCUAUGGGAGAAUAGAGGGAGAUUUAACGAGUGCGACUGGUCCAGUUCGGGUCACGUUCAGUAUCGACCCACCGCCGCCUGUUCCCCAACUGCCAAGCCGUAUUCCGUUUAGAAAUGGCGUGGCGUCACCAGCACCAGCACCUCCACUUCCUUCGGGUGCCCCGCCUCGACCAGCUCCCAGAAGGGCAGCAACGAUGUCUGAAUCUGACCCUAAACCACCUUCAACGCCAAGCCCCUCCACAACCGUGGUCCCCAGUCCCGCAUCUUCGACACCGAGCAUAAGCUCUCCAUUGGCUUCAGCCUCAGCUAAUCCGGCACCACCCGAACCAAGAACAGGCGCCAUUCCCAGGCCUAAUUUCUUCCCGAAAGUUGGGACUAGUCGGCCAAGAUCAAGGAGCUUUAGUGGUUUUAACACGUCCCAUAUAUCACCACCAAUGCCGAUCAGUAAGGAAGACCCGGGCAGACUAAGUGCCCAGAAGCCAUCCCGCUCCAUGUCCAGUCUUGCAGCGCCUGUUGCUGGUCCUUCAUCUUCAUCCUCUCAGCCUACUCCUCCUCCAACCUCAUCGUUGGGUAAACACGCUUCAAGAAGCUCUCUUCGUCCAUCACCUCUCUCUCUGCCGCAGAACAACAGUGUACUGGGCGGAAGAUCACCGACUAGUCCGCUGGCAACAUCAUUCACGCCAUCUUCGCCGGUUACGGCUCGACCACAUCAAUUACGGCAAGCUUCUUCCCGCUCAACGCUGAACGAGGGUCGGCCAUCGCUAUCUCGACAGGCCGACGCGCCGGGAGCCUCUCCAAUUCAAGAACGGCCUUCUGUUGAUGUGGGAGGGCUAGCACCCAGUCGAGAAGCACUCCGCACCAAGCUGUCUCUCCCAAAUCUGCGGCGGAUGCAAAGUCGACAAAGCUCGGAUUCGCCUUCGCCAACGGUGCAACACGACAACAUGGACUUUGAACUCGUGAUGCCAAAUCGUGCCAUGUUUGAUCAGGCAUCAGGGAGGACCAGCGAGGACUCGACUUUGGGCAGGGAGGCUUCGAUAGAUGGGCGGACGUCUGAGAUGAGGAGAACAGACAGUCCAGCGUUGUCGAUUACGUCAACUCAGGCGUAUUCGGGGUCGGAUAACAACUCAGUUGAUGCUCAUCGACAACGAGAGCAGAAGUGGCUGACGCUUAUUGGCAUCGUUUCUCCUGCGCAAGCCAAGAAGAGCAAGAAAGUGAAGAAACUGUUGAUGGAUGGCAGUGUCCCGUCCUCAGUUCGCUUCCUUGUCUGGUUGCUGUUGACGGAUGGAAAGGGCAAGGCGAUCCCGGGGGUGUAUGCCCAGCUGGGCAAGAGAGCGCGGGUAGCGGCUCUGGAUAUCAUUGAACGUGAUGUUCAGCGGUGCUUUGCGGAUCACCCGCAUAUGCAUAGCAGCCAGUCUUCGCUGGUCACAUUGCUGCAGGCGUAUCUGACCAUGGUGCCGGAUGUGCAGUACUCGCGAGGACUGACUCUGAUUGCGGGUCACUUGCUCGCGCUGUCGCCUGAAGAGGAUGCGUUCUGGAUAUUUGUGUCUGUCAUGGACUCGUAUCUGCGACCGUAUUUUUCGUCAAGCACCACCCAGUUGGAAGUCGAUGCAUCUUUGUUCAGUCGUGCUCUGGAGGCCAACGACCCACAGCUUGGCAAGAAGAUUCUGGUUGAGCUGGGUAUCAAUCCCGUUGACUUGUGUCGACCAUGGUUCUCUACUUUGUUUUCUGAUGCCCUCCCGCUGGAAUACCUGAACAGGGUUUGGGACUUAUUCCUGUUUGAGGGCAUACCCUUCUUGUUCCGCGUCUCUCUUGCUUUAUUUCACUGCUGUCGGCGACGCCUGCUCGAAGCGCGGAGUCCUGACGCGCUGUUUGAUAUUCUUGCCCAACCACCCACUCCGCCUUCGCCUGACGCGCUGAUUACGAUGGCGCUUGCCGUCAAGCUGAAGGACGACGACAUCCGAAAGUCGCGCGAAAAGCAACGUGCGCAGGUCGAGGCCCAGAUGAAGCGCCAGACACAGGGCCCACGCCCUAGCACGGUUUCCGCGCGCUCGCUCUCUGGUUCACGCCAAAUAGGCCCUCCGAUUUGA